GUUUUACGACAUUCCGAGGUGGAGGAGGCUCUCCAAGCUUUUCUUCACACUGUGCUACUUCACCGAACAUUCCCAACUCUCAGUUUUAGAGACGGAGCUGUCAGUUAUACAUCCUACAUAGGAAUCGAAGACGUUGACUGUAAAACUAUUGAUCUGACUUACAUUAAGGUGGCUUCAGACCCACUGCAUGAACGUAUCGCCAAUCAAGUUGCGGUUUUCGCAAGAGCUCUCCAUGAGGAGCUCGAAAAUAGAUACGCAAAACCACCUAGAGGUUGCAUUGCACUGACGUUUGCUGCUAACCGUAAAGGUAGUUGGGUGCUCGGGUCUGAACCGUCGGCCUGGGAACGCUGGGUUUUUAACGUUGAACUGCAGUCAACCACAUCAGGUGAUACCGAACGUCGUCCGGAACUAGCGUCCCAACUCAAAGGAGAGCUAUUAUACGUCCUUGAUUGCAUUAAUACGUCCGAAAGUUCCUUACCCGAACUGGGGAGCUCCCAAAGUGAAUGUGACACUGUCAUCGAUUUCUCCAUGCCGGAGGUUUCACCCUAUCGAUUCACCAUAACGUACUUCCCCGGAACAACGCAAGCAAAGCAAAAUAAGGCAUCAGGAGUACGUCGAUUUUAA